AUGUCUCUUCUUCUCGAUCGUAUUCCAGUCGAAAUCUUUCAUAUAAUCUUUGAUUAUUUCUGGGCUCAUGAAAUCCUCCAUUCAUUUAAUAAUAUUAGUAAUUAUCUGAAUAGUAUUCUAUCAAACUAUAAGCACUACUUGAUCAAUUUCGAAUCCAUUCGUAAAUCUCAUUUUGAUGUUGUCUGUCGUUCCAUUCGACCAGAACAACUAAUUACUUUAAUUUUAUCGGAUAAAAUAGAAACAGUCAAUCAAUCCCAAUUAUUUCAAUCGUUAUUUUCUAUUGAACAAUUUACUCAUUUACGUGCAUUAAAACUUAUCGAAUUAGAUGAUGAUGGUGGAUCGUUUUUCUCCAAUUUAUGCAAAAUUCCAAAACUAUUAUCUCUUCAAAUCAAUACGAACAUAAACGUUCCGUUGAUAAAAAGUUUACCAUCACUCGAAACAUUUAUUAUUAAUAUUCCAUCUGGCAUACAUUUUAAUAUUGAUUCAUCGAUUUCGAUGAUUCAAUUUAAACAAUUACGUCACUUGACAUUAUUCAAUUGUAGCUGUCGACAAUUACAAAAAAUCUUUGAUCAAGCUAUUCACCUUACAUCGUUGAAAAUUUCUAUUACGUUCUUCGAUUCGGAUGAGUUACAUGCAUUCAUCAAUUUUCAUCAAGAAAAAACAAGAUUAUCUUCACUUAUUUCUCUAAAUUUGUUCGUUAAUGGAGGUGGUAAGUAUAUAAAUCAUGCAAAAUCAUAUUUACCAUUUGUUUCUUUUUCUGGUCAUAAAAUAAUGCGUAGUUAUGUCGAACGAUUUCUUGCUCCAUUGCAACGUUUACGACGAUUAGAAUUGGUCAUUCCUUCUCUUGCUGAACAUUCAUUUCUUGAUGCAGGUCAAUGGGAAAGAUUUCUUUCAAGCCAUUUAUCACGAUUAUCAACAUUUAAUUUCAUCAUUUCUUCUUGGAGUAGCGGUACAAAUAUCAUUGAUCAAUAUCGUCGUCCAUUCUGGCUGAGUAGACAUUGGUAUGUUGCUUGUGAUUCUAGUCAUUCGUGUCUGUUAACUGUGCCAUACUUUGCGUCAACAUUAAUCAAGAAUCCAUCCGUUCCAUUAUCACCAAAUUGUACCACAUUACCUAUCGAACAACAUCAUAUCUUUUAUGAUUGUGUCACUGAUUUUACAUUCGAUUCCGAUGAAUGCAAAUUACUUUCUGGUUAUAAUUAUGUGAAAAAUCUCGUUCUUCAGUGUUCUUAUAUUGAAGAUAAUGUUGUUGAUCUCUCACAAGUACAAUCAUUUAUUGUCAGUACCCCUGAAUGGUCACUGUACAAGAUUAUCACAUUAAUUAAAGAAGAAAUGCCAGCUGUUAAUUCUCUUACUUUGGACUAUGCUUAUCCUCGUGUGUCUUAUCAAUGUUUGGAAAAUAUAUCUCUAAAACAAGUUAAAAAAUUAUGUUUGCCUGAAUAUAGAAAUUUUGAAGGAAUUAAACCGUUCGAUUGGUCGCAACUCUUUCCAUGUGUCGAACGAUUACAUAUUUCGAUUAAUUCCAAAAGUCAAAUUAAAUGUUUACUCAAUCAAUUUAGGAAUCUGAUCAGUGGAUAUUUUUAUGUUGGUUUCGGUCAUCAGGACAGAAAUAAAUCAAUUCAAAUAACACGUUCAUGGUUACAGAAACAAAUAUCUUGUUCAAAACGAAAAAUUACAAAGAAUUUUACUUAUCGAAUCGACAAUCAAUUCUCAUUUUCAUUAUGUUUAUGGAUCGGUGAAGAUGAUGAAAUAAGUGAAAAUUCUUAUUAG